AUGCAGGCAAUGCAAGCAGCGAAUCGACUCCAGCGGGCUCUCCGUACCGAGCGCGGAUUGUCCUUUGGUGCGUGGCAGAUGCUUCCUGGGGCGAACCAUGCGCGGUUCAUGGCUAGGACGGGGUAUGAUUGGAUUUGUGUGGAUACGGAGCAUGGGAAUAUUGCUGAUUGGCAGAUGCAUGAGGCUGUGGCUGCUAUUGCUGCUACGGGGGUGAGUCCCAUUGUGCGGAUUGCUGCGAAUGAGGGGUGGAUGGUGAAGCGGGCCUUGGAUGCGGGUGCUCAUGGAAUCGUCGUGCCUCUUUUGUAUACUGCUGAUGAUGCGCGGAGGUUGGUGGAGUCUGCCAAGUUCCCCCCGGUUGGCCGGAGAGGCUUUGGGAGUCCAUUUGCCAUGGGCUCUAUUGGUGGUGUUUCUGGAGUGGAGUACCUCCAGGGGGCCAACGAUGCUCUGCUCACUAUCGUGCAGAUUGAGACGAAGGAGGCAUUUGAGAAUGUAGAGGAGAUUGCCAAGGUCCCCGGCAUCGACGUCCUGUUCGUCGGACCCUGGGAUCUGGGAAACAAUAUCGGCCGUCCCGUCACGGGCGCAUUCCAUGAAGACCUCAAGGCUGCGAUUGAGCGGAUCCGCAAGGCUGCUGUCGAUAACGGAAAGAGGGCCGGUAUCUACUGCGUCGGUGGUGCGGCUGCAAAGAAGUACGCCGACCAGGGUUUCCACAUGAUCUCCGUCGUCGCCGAUGCUGUCGCUUUGCCCACAUUCCUUGCGAACGCCCUUGAAACUGCCAAGGGUAGCAAGACUGAUGCCGCCGUUCCCACCUACUAG